UUCAGGGCCGUGUGGCUGCGGGGGCUGCACUUUAAGGACCAGGUCCUGGCGAACCCUAGCAGUCACUGUGUAAUGGACUUUAGCGUUUCUUCACUGGAAUUCCAGACGCCGACCCGCGGGGCUUCGGCGGCGCUGUCCGUGUGAGGCCGUGCCGCCGGUCCACUGCCCUGUGCUGGGCGCAGGGACGCUGUGCAGAGCGACGCAGAGCCCUUUGCCAGCAUGCAAGCCCUUCCCCAAGUUCCUUCUUGGCUGAGUACUGUGGGAUGAACAGUCUUCCUGGAUGUUGCCUAGAAAUGGCAAGAAGUCUUUUGAAGACAUCGCCUAACCCUGUAAAGACAAAAUUGCUGCAUCAGAUAGGAUUGUCACUUUAUAAUACUUCUCAUGGCUUCCAUGAAGAAGAAGUGAAAAAAAAACUUGAACAGUUUCCUGGUGGAUCCAUUGACCUUCAGAAGGAAAACAAUGGCAUUGGCAUUCUUACUCUGAACAAUCCAAGCAAAAUGAACGCCUUCUCAGGUGUUAUGAUGCUACAACUUCUGGAAAAAGUGAUUGAAUUGGAAAAUUGGACAGAGGGGAAAGGUCUCAUUGUCCGUGGGGCAAAAAAUACUUUUUCCUCAGGAUCUGAUCUGAAUGCUGUGAAAGCACUAGGAACUCCAGAGGAUGGAAUGGCCAUAUGCAUGUUCAUGCAAAACACCUUAACACGAUUUAUGAGACUUCCUUUAAUAAGUGUUGCAUUGGUUCAAGGUCGGGCGUUGGGUGGAGGAGCAGAAGUUACUACAGCGUGUGAUUUCAGAUUAAUGACUACAGAGAGUGAGAUCAGAUUUGUCCACAAGGAGAUGGGCAUAAUACCAAGCUGGGGUGGUGCCACCAGGCUGGUUGAGAUCAUCGGCAGUAGACAAGCUCUCAAAGUAUUAAGUGGGGCCCUUAAGCUGGAUUCAGAAAAAGCAUUCCAUAUAGGAAUGGUGGAGGACAUCUUGCAGUCUUCAGACGAAACCGAAUGUCUCAAAGAGGCACAAGAGUGGCUACAGCAGUUUAUCAAGGGGCCACCAGAAGUAAUCAGAGCUUUGAAAAAAUCUGUUUCUUGCUGCAAAGAGCUUUGUUUAGAGGAGGCAUUACAGAGUGAGAGAGAUCUUCUAGGAACAGUUUGGGGUGGACCAGCAAAUUUAGAGGCUGUUGCUAGGAAGGGAAAGUUUAAUAAAUAAUUUUUUAAAAUAGCACGUUAAAACCCCAAUGAUCAAUAUGGAUAAAAGUUGAAUGAUAUCAAAUAUGAAUGUCAAAACUACUUAGAAGGUAAUAUUAGUAUUUGUAGUAUAACAACUGUUUGACUACUUGAACUCAGUUGGCCUCGCUUUCAGUUUAUUCAGGUAGUUGCUAAGUGAUUCUGAACCUCUAAAAUACACUUUUGGCUUAAACAGUCAUUAAUUCCCAGAUUCCCAUGAUAGUUACCAGGCUAUAACCAGACUAGUUUUUGAAAGGAAAAACUACACAAAACCUAUUCCUGGUGUUCUUUCUCAUAAAGUCUUUGUCUUGUCUUAACCUGGAAAUAAUUUACAAAAAUAAUGUAAUGAAGCUUAGACAACAAAAGUGGAAGGGGUCAGGGGACAGGAAGAUUGUGAUUAGUCCUCUUCUUCUGCUCCAUGCAGCUGCAUCAAAGAGGUCAUGGACUGGCCCUUCUUUUAAGGAUGCUCCUCACCCUACCCUUCUACAAAUUUGGACCUUAUUUGAUGUUUCAAAUAAUUUCUAUUUUUGGUUAUCUAUGAAACAAUGAUGGCCACCAUACAAAAAGUCUGUUGACUCUACAAAAUUGGCCAGUUGAUUUGUAUGCACCAGAAUUUCCAAGCUAGCAGUUACUAUAGUUUAUGUAGUAAUCAAAUUCUCUUUAAUCAGAGACUCAUGAAGCAUUAUGUUACACAUGAAUCAGAUUUCUAUUUUUUUUUU